ACGCGCGAAGCCAAUUCCGCUCCAUUGAUGAUAAAAGGAUAGCGUUCUCUUUUUCCCUGCAUCGGAGGUCGUCUGCGAAAGCCAUGGCCGCCGCCGCCUUCUGCUCCUCUCUCACCUCCAUUCGAAGAGGCUUUAAGCACCAUCCUCAAAGAAAUCCAAACUACAGAUUCCAGGCGCUCCAGUGUAGCUCAUCCUUAUUGGGUUCUACUGUUACCUCUUCCAAGGUUGCUCUGUUAUUAGCCUCUGCCACCCCUCCAUUAAAGCCAGCUGCUGCAUUUGAAGGUACAAGAACUACCCCCUUUGCCCUGCAAGAUGCAUCAAUGGCUGCCUCUGAUUUCACGAAAAACAUGGCCCUGGCCGACCUCGACCCAGCAACGGCAAAGCUCGCAAUCGGCUUUCUGGGUCCGUUUCUCUCGGCAUUUUCGUUUUUGUUUAUUGUGAGAAUAGUGAUGUCUUGGUAUCCAAAGUUACCUGUGGGGAAGUUUCCAUAUGUUGUAGCUUAUGCUCCAACUGAACCACUUCUAAUUGUGACAAGGAAGGUGAUUCCCCCUCUUGGCGGAGUUGACGUAACGCCUGUUGUCUGGUUCGGAUUGGUUAGUUUCCUCAACGAGAUAUUGCUCGGUCCCCAAGGACUGCUUGUUCUUCUUUCUCAACAGCAGGAGAAGAAUUACUAAGAAGAUUGCUUGAAAUUCUUAAUCAAGGAAACCUUUCUCCCCAUCCCAGAAAUUUUAGUGGUUCAGAUUGGUUUCGAGCUAAAACCAACCCAGACUAACAUGUCGGGACUGAAAUUUCGAUCUUUGUCAAACAAAACGGUUCAAACUGCCCAGCUAAAGAAGGUGACUGUGAGUACAUUACAAUCAACUAGAAGAUGAUCUUAUAAGAAA